UGGAUCCUGCUGGAGAGCGCUGGAUGGUCCCAGGUUUGAGGAAGUACACCUGUGACGUCUCUCUGGACCCAAACUCAGCUCACAGACGUCUGCUUCUGUCUGAGGACCAUAGGACUGUGACCCGUGUGGAGGAGGAGCAGGAGUAUCCAGAUCAUAACGACAGGUUCACAAACUGGCCUCAGGUCCUGAGCUGCACUGAACUGAGGGGGCGCUGUUACUGGGAGGUGGACUGGAGCGGGAGGGUUGAUGUAGCACUGAGUUACAGCAAGAUCAGACGGAGCGAAGGGGGUCUGGAGAGUGCGUUUGGGAACAAUGAUCAGUCCUGGAGUUUGUGGAUCUCUGAUGACGGAGAAUAUUUCGUCUGGCACAACAGUGACACAACACGACUCCAUCUCUCACGUCACUCAGAGAGAGAGGGCGUGUCCUCUGGUAAAGGAGGUGUGGCCUGUGGUAAAGGGGACGUGUCCUCGGGCAGAGUGGGCGUGUUCCUGGACUCUGAGGCUGGAGCUUUGUCCUUCUUUGAGGUCUCCUCUGAUGGAGAACUGUUCCACAUCUGGACCUUCUCCUCGUUCUUCUCUGAGCCUCUGUUUACAGGGUUUGGACUAUUGGAUGAAGGUUCCUCUGUGACUCUGGUGAAAGAGACGAUACUCCCACGAUGAGGACACAACAAUGAGAACAAAAGACAAAGAGCAGGUCUGACAGUGACUUACUGUCAUGGUUCAUGUUUUGUUUUGCAUAAUCCUUGUGUCUUGUUCCUUUAGUUGAUGUCCUUGGUGUUUUCAUUUGCCCUUUGUCGUGUCUGCUUGUGUUUUGGAGUUGUCCUUCCUGUGUGUUGAUGGUUUGUUGUGCCUUCAUGUGUUUCUCCUGUGUCUUCCUCUGGACUUUCAUUUGUGGCUCUAAUGUCCGUAUCAAUGUUGGAUUUUUGGCAAUUCUUUGUUAUAUUAAAGACCGUUAAGAGCAGCCAUGCAUUUUUGCUCUUCACUCUGUUUCACCAUGAAAGACACAUACAUACACACAUACAGCUCCUUUAAAGGCCGCACACUUUUUAUCUCCACACUCAUGAUAGAAUAAAUACUAAAAGAUCACACGACAGACAGCAAGUUGUGGGUGGAUAUUUCUUAUUCUGUAAAGCACUUUUACUUGUACUUUUACUAUACAAAUAAACUUGCCUCGCUGACAACAUGAUAAAAA